UGCAGAGGCCGCACCUGGCUGGUGGAAGAGGUGGAGCCGGGAUCUCGCCCGGUGCUACAGGAGCCGGAAGCGCCGAGUGAGUGCGGGCUGAAGGCGUUUGCCUUUUGAAGCUGUGUCCACAAGUGGAGGCGGCCGCCCCGCGUCCAGGCGAUCCAGUGGGCAACUCCCCAGUGCCCUGCUGCCUUCCAGGAGCUGGGCAUCUGGCAAUAAGGCCUUGACCGGGACUGCAGGAAAUGGAGGCAGGGGAGAAGAGAGGUGGAGAUCAGCAGCUGUGCUAAGCUCCCGAGGCAGGCCGGUGGGCAAACUGGGGCUAGACCCACGUCUGCGGGUGCACCCCCUACCCACGGCACCUGCCGUGUGUGCAGAGGCUCGCCGAGGCAGGACACAGGAGUCAGUGGGGGCAGGAGUGGCCGGACUGCAGGAGACGCUGCACGGAGGGUGCUGGAGCCGACCUCUGAGCACAGCACUGCCUCUGCCUGCCGGCACCAGCCAUGAACCUCGUGGGGCAGCUGGCAGAAACAGUGUUUGGGACUGUGAAGGAGCUGUACCGGGGCCUGAACCCGGCCACGCUGAGCGGCGGCAUUGACGUGCUGGUGGUGAAGCAGGUGGAUGGCUCAUUCCGGUGCUCGCCCUUCCACGUGCGCUUCGGCAAGCUGGGGGUGCUGCGGUCCCGGGAGAAGGUGGUGGACAUCGAGAUCAAUGGGGAGCCCGUGGACUUGCACAUGAAGCUGGGGGACAGUGGGGAGGCCUUCUUCGUCCAGGAACUGGACAGUGAUGAGGAAGAUGUGCCUCCCCGCCUGUGCACCUCGCCCCUCCCCUGGGGGGCCCUGCCUGGCUGGGACUCCCAGCUGCGCACAGCCGAGGGCCCCCUGGCGGCGGGCACGGGCACGGCCUCUGUGGGACGGAGGAGGAAGCGGCGCAAGAAGAAAGCCCGUCGGAGGGAGGAUGCCGGGGCGACGGAUUCCAGCUCGGAGGAAGCCGAGGCUGGCGCCGAGAGGGAGUUGGCUCUGCUGGCGAAGCCCAGGCCGGAGCCUGCAGGGUGUGUAGGGACCAGUCCGACGGCUCCCGCGCCAGGGCCCAGCCCCGCCUGUGAGCCCUGCCCUGUGCCCUUCAACAGUGUCCCGUCAGAAGGGGCGUCCUCACCGCAGCCCAGAGACUUCUACCCCUAUUCGGACGGCGAGUGGGCCCCGCAGGCCAGCCUCACACCAGAUGGGCUCGUGUCCCCUAAGAGUGACUCAGAGCUGGAGCUCCGGGCCCUGGAGCCCAGUCCCCUGCGAGCCGAGUCCCACAUGCAGUGGGCCUGGGGGAGUCUGCCGCAGGUGGCCAAAGCCGAGCGGCCCGAGUCUUCGGCGGUCCCGGAAGGCAGCGCGGGGGCAGCUUCUCCUCAGGGAGGACCCAGCCCCUCCUCUUCCUGUGUGCCUGGUGUGGACCCGUCAGGACCCCCAGUCCUGCAAGCAGGGGUCCGUGCUGACUUGCUUCAGUCUGAUGUGCAGUCCCACUGGAGGGGGACAGCGGUGGGUCCCCCUCUCCCCACCCCAGAGAGUGAGAAAAGCGAGACUCAGAGCUUCAGGGAUGCCGGCCUCCCUCCUACCUCGAAGUCCUGGAGCUGGGCGACCCUGGAGAGGCCGCCUGCCCCCAGGCCACCAGAGGGAUGCUCCAGGGGGAAAGGUUCCCUGAAGAAAAGCCAGCACCUGGGCCCCAGCGACAUCUACCUGGACCACCUGCCUUCCCUGGACUCUGAGGAUGCAGCCCUUUACUUCCCCAAGAGUGACCAUGGGCUGGGGCCCAGGAGGUGGAGUGAACCCAGCAGCCAGAAGCUCCCGAGGGAGCCCAACCCCGAACCUGGACCAGAACCCAGUGUAGACACGGUGGACACCAUAGCACUAUCACUCUGUGGUGGACUGGCAGACAGCCGCGACAUCUCCCCAGAGAAGUUCAACCAGCACCUCGUCUCCUACCAGGACCUCAUCACAAAACCUGGGCUCCUGGAUGACCCGAACCUGGUGGUGAAAGUCAAUGAGAAGUACUAUAACUGGGCUGUGGCUGCCCCCAUGAUCCUCUCCCUGCAAGCCUUCCAGAAGAACUUGCCCAAGAGCACCGUGGACAAGCUGGAGAAGGAGAAGAUGCCUCGCAAGGGGGGGCGAUGGUGGUUUUCCUGGCGACGCAGGGACUUCCCGGCCGAGGAGCCCAGUGCCCAGAGGGAGAGACCCACAGGCAAGGAGCAGCAGGGGGAGAAGACUGGAGUCCCCAGCAGCGAUGACGAUGGCCCAGACAGCCCUGUGAUCCUCGAGGUCCCCUCCCCUCCACCCAGGACUCCUGCCUACAUCCCCACCUACAAGAAGUCCCUGCGCCUCUCUUCCGAUCAGAUCCGGCGCCUGAACCUGCAAGAAGGUGCCAAUGAUGUGGUCUUCAGUGUGACCACUCAGUACCAGGGCACCUGCCGCUGCAAGGCCACCAUCUACCUGUGGAAAUGGGACGACAAGGUGGUCAUCUCUGACAUCGACGGCACCAUCACCAAGUCCGAUGCUCUGGGCCACAUUCUGCCCCAGCUGGGCAAAGACUGGACUCACCAGGGCAUCACCAGUCUCUACCACAAAAUCCACCUAAACGGGUACAAGUUCCUGUAUUGCUCAGCGCGGGCCAUCGGCAUGGCUGACCUCACCAAGGGGUACCUGCAGUGGGUGAGCGAGAGGGGCUGUGGCCUCCCCAAGGGCCCCAUCCUGCUGUCUCCCAGCAGCCUCUUCUCCGCCCUCCACAGGGAGGUGAUUGAGAAGAAGCCGGAGGUGUUCAAGAUAGCCUGCCUGAGUGACAUCCAGCAGUUGUUUCUGCCCCACGGUCAGCCCUUCUAUGCUGCCUUUGGGAACAGGCCCAACGACGUCGUGGCCUACCGCCAGGUGGGCCUGCCUGAAGCGCGCAUCUUCACAGUUAACCCCAGGGGAGAGCUCAGCCAGGAGCUGCUGAAAAACCACAAAUCCACGUACCAGCGGCUCAGCGAGGCGGUGGAACUUCUCUUCCCCCCUGUGGCCCGGGGCCCCAGCACAGACCUGACCCACCCUGAAUUUAGCAGCUUCUGCUACUGGCGGGAGCCACUGCCUGCUGUGGACUUUAACGCCCUGGCCUGAGUCUGCUCUGGGUGCCACAGCGCCAACCCCAACCAAGCAGGUGGGGGGCUGCAGGUUGGUUGGCUGACCCCUCUUCUCCCCAUCAGCUGCUCCAGGUCUCAGCAUGUCCCUGUCACCCCAGGGUCUUGCCUCAACUGACAGGAGGGAGUGAAGAGGGAGGCCCCACCGAGGCUUCAGCCCCUGCGCAGACGGAAGGGUUGGCAGCUGCAGGAGUGUGGGUAGCUGAGUAGCUUCUGGAGAGAACUCUGUCCUGCCACCCCGCCCCCCCCCCCCCCCCCUUCCAAGACUGUUCUCUCCGAAACCACACUCUUACCUGGCCCGGGCCCGUGGCUCUUGAGCCAGGCAUCACCACCUGCCACGGGUGCAUGGUUUUGCCACCUCAAUCCUGGAUGCUCCACUGCCCCUGAGACCUCAGGGAGUCAGGGCCCACGUAAGGGCUAAGGGAACAGGGCUCCCGUUCCCCAGCCCCCACCCAGUCACUGCGGCUUUUCUGACACCUUCCCUGGGGACGGCCCAAACCCCACGCAGGUGGGCGUUUCCUGGCUGUUCUUCCCUGGGCCCAGCAGGGCAGGCUGGCAGCAUGAGCUCACUCAGGAGAAGCUGGGAGGGGCAGAGCUGCCACCCCGGUGCCUUCCCUCCCGCUGUUUUGGGGGAAGAAAGUAGCUUCAGACUGGCUAAAAGCUUUAAUCCAGAACCGGCUCCCCCGCAACAGUUCCCAGGUGGAGGGCAGAAUACCCAGCGUCCAGAAGCCAGGUCCUCACGGCCCUGCAAACAGCACAGGGGCUGCUGAGGGGGCACGGAGGCGGGGACUCUGCCGAGACGGGCAUCGGUCUGGGCACUGCACAGGCCUGAGGAGCGGUUUUCCAAGUGUCCCGUGAUGGCUUUGUACCUGAAUUCCUUGCCACUUUGUCAACAUCCUGGCAGGGCUGGAGUUUCCCAAGGGCCUUAAAAGCCAGGCCUGUGCCCCCUUCCCUCCGGCUGUGGCCUCUUUCAGGCCUGGGACAGAUCAGCGUUGCUCUCCGGGGAGAGAACCCUGGUGGGUCCCAGAGCACCUUGGAAACAUCUUGGGGGAAGGAUAAAGUGGGGAGGGGUCUCGAACCAGACGGCCUGAGUCCAAGUCUUUCCUCUGGGAUUCUACAGCUGCCUAGGCCCUCCCCUCAAGGGAGGGCCAAAAGGAAUAAAGCGAACUCUCAGUGA